AAAACACAGCAAACAUGAAGGUUGUCGCUAUUCUUCUCUGCUUUAUCGUUGACGUAUAUUGUGAGACAUGUACAUCAACCAGAAGAUGUACUCAGACCACAUGCACAGACUCGUCACAUCAUGUAGUGUGUUACCAGGGUCAGUGUACAUGCAGCGGAAGAACUGGACACACAUGCGCCGACGUAGCCGACUGCAGCAGUGAACAUUGCAGAUUUGGAAAGUCCCAUUGUUUUGACGGUCACUGCCAUUGUCUCCCUGGAGCUGGAAAAUAAUUCUAUUGGAUACUCCCUCCAUGUCAUUAAUAAAUAAUGGUUUUAUAGAUAAAUAAAUUAGUGUUCUCUUAUA